AUGUACUUUCAUUCUUUCCUAACCGCGAGCUUGAUCGCUGCUACCGGUGUUCAUGGCAUCUCCCCCCCUUCCAAUCCCUGCGCCGGAAACACACCACAAACCCGCGACCAAUGGUGCGACUUUGAUAUUCACAGUGACUACUACACCGAAGCCCCAAACACCGGAGUAAUCCGCGAGUACUGGCUAGAGCUGGGAAACACCACCGCCGCCCCUGAUGGUAUCCCUCGCAAUGUCUUGACCAUCAACGGAACCUCCCCGGGCCCUACUCUCUAUGCAGACUGGGGAGACUGGGUACGCGUCCACGUAUACAAUGGCCUAGAAAACAACGGAACCAGCAUCCACUGGCAUGGUGUUCGACAAAACCACACUAACCCUCAGGACGGCACGAACUCCAUUUCCCAGUGCCCAACACCCCCAGGGGGGUCCGUCACCUAUGAAUGGCGCGCCACACAGUACGGUACCACCUACUACCACUCGCAUUUUGCACUCCAGGCCUGGGAGGGCAUCUACGGUGGAAUUGUCAUCAAUGGUCCUGCCAGUUCCAAUUACGACAUCGACGCCAGUAUCCUUUACCUCAGCGACUGGUCGCACCGCACAUCCGAUCAGCUGUAUUCCACUGCCGAGACCGACGGAGAGCCCACCUUAGCAACGGGCUUGAUCAACGGCACUAAUAUUUGGGUCAAGCAGAACAACGAGACCGUUGGCUCUCGCUUCACCAUGAAUGUGACGGCUGGUCAAUCUUACCGACUUCGUCUACUCAAUGGUGGAAUGAGUAACCUUUUCCGAUUCAUGAUCGAUAACCAUACCCUGACCGUUAUCGCCGCGGACUUUGUUCCCAUCGAGCCCUACAACACUACAUCCUUGAACAUUGGUGUUGGACAACGCUACGAUGUAAUCGUCACAGCAAACCAAGACGCCAUCGGCUCGGAUUUCUGGAUGCGUGCCAUCCCCCAAGAGGCCUGCAUGGAGAUCGAAAAUACCGACAUCAGGGGAAUUUUCCACUACGCAAACCCAGGAAACGAAAUCGCAACCCCCACUACAACCCCCUUCGGAUACACAGACAGCUGUUACGAUGAGCCCUUGACGAGCUUGAUUCCAAUGGUUGCCAUCGACGCCUCCGGUGUCGGCUAUACCAGCCACAACGAUGUGAAUGUCAUCGAGAACACGGCCGGCUUGUACAAAUGGUACAUGGGGCCCACUACAUUCAAAGCAGACUGGAACAAUCCAACCCUGCUGCAGAUCGCGAAUGGGAACACAUCCUGGAGUAACUCCUCCCAUGUAGUCCAGGUUGAAGGUAAUGGCCAGUGGGUGAUUGUGGACAUUGAAAUGGCUAUUAAUGUUCCUCAUCCAAUUCAUCUUCACGGCCACGACUUCGCCAUCCUUGCCCAAGGCAAGGGAAGUUACACGACAAACACCACUUUGAACACGUAUAACCCACCCCGUCGCGAUACGGCCAUGCUUCCAGCCCUCGGAUAUUUAGUCAUUGCAUUCAAGACCGAUAACCCCGGAGCGUGGCUCUUGCAUUGUCAUAUCGGAUGGCAUCAAUCGGAGGGUUUUGCGAUGCAGUUCGUUGAGAGUAUUGAUCAGCUGAAGCCGAUGGUUGAUGUUGAUGUGUUGGAGAGGAAUUGUGCUGCGUGGGAUAGAUAUGCUGUUGCUGAUGAUAUUGUGGAGGAUGAUUCGGGGAUUUAG